ACUUCCUGGAAUUUAAUCUAGAUCUAGACUCAAGUGACUAGUCACUCUAGAUCAAGAGACUUAGAGUCUAUAAUCUUAUUCUAGAUCUAUAGAUCUAGAUCUUUAUCUUGUCUACCCACUCUUAAAUAGAUUUGAUGCAGUAUUGAAUAAAAUCCACUAUAAACUAAAAUUACUCUAUCUAAUUAGCUAGAUAUCUAAUAAAUUAAAACAAUAACAAUCAAUCAAUGCCAAUGGCAAAUAAUAUAAUUGCUGAUGGUGACCACGUUAUUUUCAAACGUGAUGGUACAUGCAGGGUAUUUCAGAUCAAGCCUGAUCGGCAGGCUUAUUUUGAAAAGGUCAAGUUCACUGUCAAUGACUUAAUAGGUCAGCAAUUUGGUUCAACUUUUAAAGUGGAUAGAGGAAACCUUGUGAAACUAUCAGAAACAAAAGUUCUAGAACUAGAACAAGUUGCGUCAGAGCCAGGGGCAGACAAUCGCAAUCUAUUAGACUCAGAAAGUAAUCAAAAAAUGAGAUUAGAGGAUAUACAAAAAAUGAAAAGUGAUGGACUUUCUGGAGAGAAAAUUAUAGAAGAGCUGGUUGAAAACAGUGAAACAUUUGAUAGCAAGACGAGUUUCUCUCAAGCUAAAUAUCUCAAGAAGAAGAAGAAGAAACAUUUACAGAUGUUUACUGUCUUGAGACCUACAGCAAGACUUGUCAUGGAGAUAUUUAGCAAAGAACCUGCAAAAAUUUGCUUCUUACGCCCUGAUACUGUAUCUCAGAUAUUGAACUUUAGUAAUGUUAUGUAUGGUAGUAAUGUUGCGGUUGUAGAGACUUGCCAGGGACUAGUGCUGGCUUGUGUCUUGGAGAGACUUGGAGGUCAUGGUAAAGUGAUUCACAUUGUUCCCAAUACAAGUGAUACUCUAUGUAGACAAGUCAUGAACUAUUUCAACUUGACUAAAGAUCAGUUAGACCAUUUCUAUUCUGUGCCAAUAACCUGCUUGAAAGUAGAGACAGAUGGUACUCAACACAAGUCAUUGAACAUAAAUAGUAGCACAGAAAUACCCGGAGACACACUCGUGUCAUAUUCUAGAACAGAAUUACCAGCAAUAGAAAUGUUACCAGAUAGGACUGAUGAUGUCAACGAAGCAGAAAAGUCUGACAUAAUGACGGAGGAGAAAGAGGCAGAAAAGAAAAAAAGAGAAGUGAAAAGAGAAGAAAAACAAAAGAGGCAAGAAGCUGCUGCUGCAUUAAUACAAAAUAAAAAGUUAGACAGUUUGAUCAUUGCAUGUAAAUACAAUCCUCUACCAGUAGUGAAGAAACUAAUUCAAUUCCUGCCACCAUCUCGCUGUGUUGUUGUUUACUGUCAGUAUAUAGAGCCUCUAGUUGAAUGUUACACUUGGAUCAAAGAGCAGCAAGUUGGUUGUCAGUUGAAGUUCUCAGAAACUUGGUGCAGAGACUACCAGGUGUUACCAAAUCAAACCCAUCCAGUGAUCAACAUGAGUGGAACUGGGGGCUAUCUCUUGACUUACACAACAGUCAGCAAGUUGUCUUGAUGUCUUCAUUGCAACACAACAGUCAGCAAGUUGUCUUGAUUGAAUGUCAGUCAAUAAAUUGAUUUACACAACAGUCAGCAAGUUGUCUUGAUUGAAUGUCAGUCAAUAAAUUGAUUUACACAACAGUCA